AUGGUCUCCUUUGCUCCCGGCAUCGUGACUUUAUUGUUUACUUUAUCUUCAGCAUUGGCCAUGCAGACGUUCUCCAGAGCUAAGAGUGAUCCUUCGGUAGAGGAUCGGCUUGAUCGUCUGGAACGGCAGAUGGCCGAUGUGGUCAGUCAGAUGUCGGAGUUGACUAAGACAACGUCGAAAAUUACUGGUCUUACUCGGAAGGUGAGCGCCUUCACCAAUCAAUGCUUCGCUCAAUACGUAGAUGGCUUACUGUCACUUGGCCGUACUGAGGAUUAUUAUCGCGUGGAAUGGAGCGCGAGUGAAUCACAGAGGACCUCAACUUUCUGGAAAUAUAACAAGGGAGAUGCGAUGUUCGAGUUCGUGGAUGGAUCACGCAGAGAGCAGGUCGCAGGACCGUACAAGGAGUUGCUACCCCAAUUUGCGAGCGUCAAUGCUUUCGCUUACGUGACCUCCACCAUAGAUAAAAUUUUGAAAGAGCACAUGACUCUCGAGUCUUGCUCCAAGUUAUUCGAUUUCAUCGAACAAAAUCCUCCCCCGGGUCACCAACCUGGGGGAGCCUGGAUUGGCAGUUUCAUCGCCGGUCAGAUGAAUGAAGCAAUGGAUCUCGCAAGGAAAUACAAACAAUAG